UACGGCACACUGUCACUUAAAACAACUAGCAUGGCUUCUUCAUUGAUAUGCGGCGAAACACAGAGCAGGGUGAGUUCAGUCCUUAACAGAGAUGUGAAGCAGUUUGGAAAGAAGUACAUGUUUGACAGCAGUGAGGAGACAUGUUGGAACUCAGACCAGGGUGAAUGUCAGUGGGUGAGUCUGGAGUUCCCCCAGUCUGUCAGGGUGUCAGAGUUAAAGGUCCAGUUUCAAGGAGGCUUUUCUGCCAAAACGUGCAGAAUAGAAGGCUGCCCAAAAGGUGGAGACUUCGCAGAGAUUUGCCUUUUUUACCCAGAGGACAACAACUCUUUGCAGAGCUUUCUCAUACAGGAGGCCUCUGCAGUGGACAAAGUAAAAAUAAUGUUUGAGAAUAGUGCCGACUUUUUUGGGAGGAUUAUUGUUUAUUCUUUAGACGUCCUGGGGGAAAAAGCAUCAUGAGAGAGAGGAAGUUACCCUGAGCACAGUGCAGCGCAUGGGAUGUUGUGGUACCACACGUCUGUUUUGCCACCUCAGGAACUGAUGUGAAUGCAGCCUUUUUUGGUAUGGACGUUCUUGGACAUCUGUCCCACCAUCUCACCACAAACACAAACUUCAGAUUUAAUACUGAAUGAGAGGCUGGGUUGGGUUUAAUUGUAGGUUUAAUAAAUUUCUUGGGAUCAUAAGAGCACUUGAAACAAUACUCCACACACUCUCAAUAUAUUCCUUGUGCCUUGAAGAUAAAGCGCCAUUCCAUUGAAAUAUCCAUAUAAAAACCUUGUAUGACAAAUUUUACUCACAACUCCCGUAUUUUAGAGCAUGUCUGUACCACAUUUGUUUUUGUACAUUGAUAUGCAUACAAACUAAUGCAUACAAAUGAAAUAAAUGCAGUUUACUCAG